CCAGUUACCCUUACUGUAGCUGACUAGACUGCAGUUUCUGUGGAAUACUUUGUAGACAAGGAAAUAUUGGAAGUGUAAAACAGAGAGUAGACUUGGUAAGACAGAGGGUAAAAUAGCUGUUAGGUCUGAGAUGCAAUGGAGAACUCAACACUCUUUAUUUCAUUUAUACUGUCUGCAUAUGAAAAUGUAGGACUAUUGAAAUACUUGUAUUUUACUAUAAUUGGUCUGUUGUACAUUGCAAUAGUCUUUGCUAACACAAUGCUUAUAGUGGUGAUAUCCAUGGAAAGAAAGCUACACCAGCCCAUGUAUCUGUUUCUCUGCAGUUUGUUUGUUAAUGAAUUAUAUGGCAGUGCAGCUGUUUUGCCUUUCCUCAUGGUACAGGUCCUAUCAGACACACAUGUGGUACCUGCUCAUUAUUGUUAUUUACAGAUAUAUGUUAUUUACACUUAUGCAUCAAUUGAAUUCUGUAAUUUAGCUGCCAUGGCAUAUGACAGGUAUGUUUCUAUCUGUUAUCCUUUGCAGUACCAUGUCAUUAUGACCUCUAAUAGAGUGAUCAUGAUCAUAAUGCUAGUCUGGAUUUACUCUUUCAUUAAAUUCACCAUUACUCUAUCUCUAAGUAUUAGUUUAACUCGAUGUGGAAACAUUUUAGACAAAGUGUUUUGUGAUAACUAUUUAUUAGUCAAACUUUCCUGUUCAGACACAACAGUGAAUAACUACUAUGGACUAUUCGGCAUUGUUCUGUCAGUUGCUGUCCCUCUGGUGCCCAUUUCCUUCUCCUACAUCAAGAUUUUACGUAUUUGUUUAAGAUCUUCAAAAGAGACUAGACAGAAAGCCAUCAGCACAUGCACACCUCACUUGGCUUCUCUGAUAAACUUCACCUUUGGCUGUUGGUUUGAGAUUCUGCAGAGUAGAUUUGACAUGAGUCAUGUCCCAGCUGCUCUGCGUAUUAUUAUCUCAUUGUACUUCCUGGUGUGCCAACCACUUUUUAACCCUGUACUAUAUGGAUUGAAUUUGUCAAUAAUCAAACAACAAUGUAAGACUUUGUUCAUGAAGAAAUAUGCCAUUCAUGGAUGAUUUGAUAGGUUUUAUUUGACUGAAUGGAGAUCUUUGGGACAUUUCAAAACACCUAUGUGAGACUAUAUACUGUAACUUGAAUAUUUCAGUAAAAUUGUUAAUAUUGUCUAUGACGCUUCUUUAAGUAGAUAAAAAAAGGUUAAGACUAAAAGAACAUUUUAUUUAACUCAAGUAUGUGUUUAUUUAGAAAUUGUAUAAGUUCCUCCCUCACAAUCAGAUUGUUUAAGAACUGUGGUCUAUCCCUAAUAUAAAAAGUGUAAAAGGCUCUUUACAGUUCAAUUUGAAUGAUGACUGUGAAAAAGGUUAACCAUUGCUUGCUUCCGUU